AGACAAGACCAAACAGUGUUUUGAUGCUACACGUGAGGUUUUUAAUUAAAUGGGCAGCUGCUCUGGAAUCAAACCACUGAAAAGAGAUUGUCCAUUUUUAUGAUUUUGACUGCAGUAGCUUCACACAACUACAAAGCUGGGCAAGAUUACGAACAGGAAGAAAGCAGCGCUGUCACAUCGACACCGACGACGACUGGUGUUGUCCAGAGUGCGACCAGGGUGCACGACUGCCACACCAGGCACCAUGAUGGAAGGGGGCAUGCAGUUGCUGAACCGCGAUGGCCACAGCAUCUCGCACAAUUCAAAACGCCACUACCAUGACUCCUUCGUGUCCAUGAAUAGGAUGCGCCAACGUGGCUUGCUGUGUGACAUUGUGCUCCAUGUCUCCAACAAGGAAAUCAAGGCCCAUAAAGUGGUGCUGGCAUCCUGUAGCCCCUACUUCCAUGCCAUGUUUACCAAUGAGAUGUCGGAAAGUCGACAGACCCACGUGACCCUUCAUGACAUUGACUCACAGGCUCUAGAGCAGCUCAUCCAGUAUGCCUACACAGCUGAGAUUGUGGUCGGAGAAGGCAAUGUGCAGACAUUGCUCCCUGCAGCGAGUCUGCUGCAGCUCAAUGGGGUGCGGGACGCCUGCUGUAAGUUCCUCCUCAGCCAGCUGGACCCCUCCAACUGCCUGGGCAUACGAGGCUUCGCUGACACACACUCCUGCAGUGACCUGCUCAAGUCAGCACACAAGUAUGUCCUACAGCACUUUGUGGAGGUGUCCAAGACAGAGGAGUUUAUGCUGCUGCCACUGAAGCAGGUCCUGGAUUUGAUCUCCAGCGAUAAUCUCAACGUGCCAUCUGAAGAGGAAGUGUACCGGGCUGUACUGAGCUGGGUGAAACAUGAUAUAGAUGGACGCAGGCAACAUGUACCUUGGCUGAUGAAGUGUGUACGGCUUCCUUUGCUGAGACGAGACUUUCUGAUGAGUAACGUUGAUACGGAGCUACUGGUACGUCAUCACUCAGAGUGCAAGGAUCUGCUUAUCGAGGCUCUGAAGUACCACCUGAUGCCUGAGCAGCGCGGGGUCCUCAGCAACAGCCGGACGCGGCCACGCCGCUGUGAGGGCGCCAGCCCUGUGCUCUUCGCUGUUGGUGGUGGCAGUUUGUUUGCCAUUCAUGGAGACUGCGAGGCUUAUGACACCAGGACAGACCGCUGGCACAUGGUGGCAUCCAUGUCUACUCGGCGGGCACGGGUGGGCGUGGCCGCCAUUGGCCACAGACUCUAUGCUGUUGGAGGGUACGAUGGCACCUCAGACCUUGCAACCGUGGAGUCUUAUGACCCCAUCACCAAUGCCUGGCAACCCGAGGUUUCCAUGGGAACACGGCGGAGCUGCUUGGGUGUGGCUGUCCUUCAUGGACUGCUGUAUGCUGCAGGAGGUUAUGACGGAGCUUCCUGUCUCAACAGUGCAGAACGUUAUGACCCUCUGACCAGCACAUGGACCUCAAUUGCUGCCAUGAGCACCCGUAGAAGAUAUGUCAGAGUUGCAACUCUGGAUGGCAGCUUGUAUGCAGUGGGAGGUUAUGACAGCUCCUCUCAUCUUGCAACAGUGGAGAAAUAUGAACCCCAGAGCAACACAUGGACUGCCAUUGCCAACAUGCUGAGUCGGCGCAGCAGUGCCGGGGUGGCUGUGCUGGACGGCAUGCUUUAUGUCGCAGGAGGCAAUGAUGGCACCAGCUGCUUGAACUCUGUGGAGCGGUUCAACCCCAAAACCAACACGUGGGAAGGAGUGGCCCCCAUGAACAUACGCAGGAGCACACAUGACCUGGUGGCUAUGGACGGCUGGUUAUACGCAGUGGGAGGAAACGACGGCAGUUCCAGUCUCAACUCCAUCGAAAAGUACAACCCGCGCAGCAACAAAUGGGUGGCAGCGUCCUGCAUGUUCACGCGGCGCAGCAGUGUGGGUGUGGCUGUGCUGGAGCUGCUGAAUUUCCCGCCCCCCUCCUCACCCACCCUCUCAGUUUCCUCCACCAGCCUUUGACACGGGGUCACUGCUUGGCUGAGCUCAGCCUCUGCUGCUACAGCCCAGGCUGGCUCUGGGAAGAGACGCAACUGCUCAGUUUGAGAUGAGUUGGAGGAGGAAGGACAGAGGACAGAAGUGGAAAAAUAAAUGGGUGGUCAGCAGCGUGUGGAUGCCUGAGCAUCUACUGUACAGCUCCACCAGCUUCCACCCCUCCUCAAGAGUACAGAGAGAUUACUCGGUAAAGAAGCAAGAACUGUUGUCUCCUUAACUUCCUCUUCCUCUCACUUACUCUCCAGUGUUUGAUACACUCAUCGUAAAACAUGGUGGGCACUACUGUAAUGUGUAAUGUAACAGUUUUGGGUUUGGUGUUGCCGUCUUCUGCGAAUUUUUUUAUUUUUAUGUCAGGGUUUAUUUUGCAAUAAUAUAUACAAAAGAAAAAAAUGAAUGAAUUUGCUUUUGGAAUGUAGCAUUUGACAAGUUAUACCAUGCAUGUUUACAUACUGGCACUGACUCCCAACAGGAGACUAAAAUGUUGUAGUGCUGCUGUGUUGCACUAGGUGGCAGUAAGAGGCAAUGUUAUCAACCCAUUCUUUCCACAUUACAAAAGAGCAUGGAUACCAAUGACAGAAAAGCUUGGCCCUCAGAAUUGUAUUCAAAGGCAGAGCUAUUAUGAUGAAAUAUAUGUAUUCAUAAAAUAUUUAAAUUGACAUUGUUUUAAAAAAAAAAAUCAGAUCAGAUCUAUGCCUAUUUAAGAGUGAUUUUAAUAUAUAACGUGUGUAAUGUGCAUAUUGUCAUUGGAAAUGACAAAGAGAAUGUCAAAGUGUGAGAGAGGUAGUUCAGUCUGUGUGUGUUUGGAGUUUCUCCUGAGAGAACUGAGAGUUGCAUUUUGACCAGCAGCCGUUCAUUUGCAUUUCUUAAUAUUUCCUCACUGCCACAGUUAAGACCUCACAUGAAUCUGAACCAUAUGUUUGCUGCAUUUGUGCUAAAGGCUUAAUUCCCUUGCUAACCUGUUGAUCAGUCAAAUGAAGUCACGGUUUCGGUAAAAAGAUAUGGAUGUGCAUAUAGUCAUCAUACAUGAAUCAGCUUAAAAUUGCAUUAAAGCAGGAAGUACUACUGUAGUUGACCUUCAGCAUUUCAAUACUUGACAAGAAUAAGUAAUGUUGUUGACACUUGGUGCUGUCAUAUUUCCUGUUACACUCCAUCAAGUGUAGUUUCUCCUUAUAUUACCUCGUUUUUGAAGUUGAACUCGAAACAAUCUUUUGAUUAACCACAAGUACAGUACGGCUUUGGAACCUGUGUGGCGUGAUUCUGGAGUUUCACCGUUGAACUUGCACUUUCUAAAAUGGAUCAUUUUAAGUCUUGGGAUUCAGUUCAGUUCAUAUGUGAUGCAGUGAUACCAUGCCAGACUUCUGGGAAGUUGCCUUUUUUCCUUAUUUUGAAGGAUUUUGUUUAUUAUUGUUGCUCUAAAUCUACCUUCAAUUUAAUUUAUGCGUUCGAGAGGACCCAGUAGAAUGGAGGCUGUGAUGGUUAAUUGGAGAUACUGUUCCAGCGUAAAGUCAAUGUGAGCAGAGACAGACUCGAAGAAUAAGGUGCACAAAACCACGUCAAAACUUUGGCCUCCAUUCUGCUAAUUGAACUGUAAAUAAAACGAUUGCUUAAGUUAUGGAUGUGCAAUUUCAAUGUGACUUUUUUUUAGUUUGUGUUAAAUGUGGUGAUGAUUGUUUAUUUAUAUUUGUUAUUUAUGAGAAACCUUAAAAUAUUGAAUUUUGCACUAUUGUGAAAUGGAGCAAUACUUAACACUGUAAAAAAAAUGAAAUAAAGUUGUUUUCAAAUGUGA